AUGACAGAAAUACAAUUCAUUAUAGAAAAUAGCAAGAAUUUGGUUACGUUAACUGAUAUAGAAAAUGAACUCAGGUUCAAAAUUUCAUCAAUUGAUGAAGCUGUCGAAAAUAUUCCUUCUGUAAAUCCUGAAAAGGUUUUACACUUGCAUAGUGAUAUCACGAUAAUUGACUCCAUUUUUUCUGGAACUGGAAGAAAUGAACAUAAAGACGUAUAUCGGAAGAUUAUUGAACCUUUGUUUCAAUUGCUAGGGAUCGAGCAUAGGUAUUUUGCUACCCAGAAUAAGGAUUCUAUUAAGAAAUUUGCCCAGUCUUUAGAUAGCAAUACGGAAAAGACAAUAAUCUUUCUUAGUGGAGAUACGUCUAUUUCGGAGUUUGUAAACGAUUUACCAGAGAUCGAACAGGAAACUGCUGUGAAUGUAGUUGUUAUACCCUGCGGGACAGGUAAUAGUCUAUCGCUUUCUCUAGGAAUUGAUAAUACAAUCCAUGCUGUGGCAAAUAUCUUAUUGGGUACUAAAAUACCUUUCAAUUUAUACCAGGCUACUUUCCCUAAAGAUUCUUACUUUGUGUUUCAAGAUAAGAAAGCAAUAAUUAAAGAACCUCUAGUUUUUACGACGGUUUUGUCAUGGGCUUUCCAUGCUUCCAUCGUUGCUGAUAGUGAUACUAAAGAGUUAAGAAAAUUCGGAUUAGAAAGAUUUAAAAUGGCUGCUAUGAAAAAUUUAGAGCAAGAGCAAAAAUAUGUAGGAACCAUAAUGAUUAAUGACAAACCCGUGAAUGGUCCAUUUGCUUAUUGGCUAGUUACGCCUGUUACUCGAUUUGAACCAACAUUCGAAAUCCUGCCGCAUGGAGAUAUUGGAGAUGACUCGUUAUACAUGGUUGCAGUAAAUUCCAAGUAUGGCACAGAAUUGUUGGAUAUUAUGAAAGAGGUUUAUGAUAAUGGCAGGCAUAUUGGGGAUGAAAAAGUGACAUACAUGCAGAUUACGAAAAACCAAGAAAUAAAAGUAAAACUCGGAGCGGAUUCGAAAAACAGAUUUUGUAUGGAUGGUAGUAUCGUUAUAUUACCUAAAUUGGAGUGUGAAAUAGCAAUCCAUAGUGUUGGAAAUUUGCAAAAAAAUUGGAGAAUAUUCGUGCUCCAAUAG